CUCUCCCAGCUUCUCUCAUCAUCGCUGUGAAAUCAGAUUCUCUUCCUUCUCUCAUCGUUGCCGUUUGAUCAGAUCUCCAUCUCCAAGAUGGAAUACCGACCGUUAGAUCUCACAAUCAUCUCCGCCAAGGACAUCAAGGACGUCAAUCUCUUCAGCAAGAUGGACGUCUACGCCAUCGUCACCCUCAGCAUCGACCCUCGAUCAAAGCAGAAGACGCCCGUCGAUAGAGAUGGCGGGAAAAGCCCUACCUGGAAUUUCCCCAUGAAAUUCUCCGUCCCCGAUCUUCCGCACAAUGGCCCACCGCUAAUCCUCCACAUCCAGCUCCGAUCCGACCGUAGCCUCGGCGAUCGCGACAUCGGAGAGGUCCACGUCCCGAUCAAGGAGCUCCUCGAUACGGCCGCGUCAUCGAAGGGAGACGGGUCGUCUGGGACCCACUUCGUCAGCUAUCAGGUCAGGAAACCGUCGGGAAAACCCAAGGGCGUCUUGAAUUUCUCUUUCAAGUUCGGAGAAAAGGUCUCCGCUCCGAUCGCCGCUGCAGCGGCGAGAGGAAACGAGCCCGUCAUGGCUUAUCCAGCCGCAGCGGGCCCCAGCGGGUACCCGCCUCCUGGUGCUGUGUAUCCGCCUCCAGCAGCGGCAUAUCCACCCCCGGCGGCUGCGUACCCGCCUCCGGCAGCGGCGUACCCCAUGCAGGCGGGGUAUGGGUAUGGUGGCCAUCCUCCGCCUCCGCCGGCAGGGUAUGGUUAUGGUUACCCACCACCACAACCAGGUUACGGAGCACCGCCCCCGGCGGGUUAUGGUUACCCUCCGCAGCAGAUGGUGGCGCCGCCCCAGCAGCCCAAGAAGAACAAGUUUGGGAUGGGUGGGAUGGGGUUGGGAGCGGGCCUGCUCGGUGGGGCGAUCGGAGGGUUGUUGAUCGGAGACAUGAUCUCAGAUUCCAGCAAUGCUUAUGAAUCCGGUUACGAUGCCGGAUUCGACGAUGGUGGUGGUUUUGAUUUCCCAAUCCGUUUCCGGGACAUUCUCGUAACGUCUUCGGCUUUCGCAGGAAAUCGCGUCCACGAACGGCAGUCGGCAAGGGACAUUCUGGUAAUUUCAUCCAGAACACGGCCGCUUCAAAACGCGUCGGGGUGCGUAAAAAACGACUCAGCGGCAGUUUCCCAACUCAAGAAGGAAGUCUCUCUCUCAUCCUUUCCUAUCCGUAUAAAGAUCCAUCUCGAUUACUCACUUCUCUCAGUUUCCAACUUCUUCAUCGCGCCGUAUGAUCAGAUCUCCAUCUCCAAGAUGGAAUACCGACCGUUAGAUCUCACCAUCAUCUCCGCCAAGGACAUCAAGGACGUCAAUCUCUUCAGCAAGAUGGACGUCUACGCCAUCGUCACCCUCAGCAACGACCCUCGAUCCAAGCAGAAGACGCCCGUCGAUAGAGAUGGCGGGAAAAACCCUACCUGGAAUUUCCAGAUGAAGUUCUCCGUCCCCGAUCUGCCUAAUGGCCAACCGCCCGUCCUCCACAUCCAGCUGCGAUCUGACCGCAGCCUCGGCGAUCGAGACAUCGGAGAGGUCCACGUCCCGAUCAAGGAGCUUCUUGACACGGCCGCAUCAUCUAAGGGCGAAGGGCCGUCUAGGGUCCACUUUGUCAGCUAUCAGGUCAGGAAGCCGUCGGGAAAACCUAAGGGCGUCUUGAAUUUCUCUUUCAAGUUUGGAGAGAAGGUCUCUGCUCCGAUCACUGCAGUGCCGCCCACUGCUGCAGCGAAAGUAAACGAGCCCGUCACAGCUUAUCCAGCCGCGGCGGGCCCCAGCGGGUACCCGCCUCCUGGUGCGGCGUACCCGCCGCCAGCAGCGGCGUACCCGCCUCCGGCAGCGGCUUACCCCAUGCAGGCGGGGUAUGGCUAUGGUGGCCAUCCCCCGCCGCCGCCGGCAGGGUAUGGGUAUGGUUACCCACCGCCCCCAUCAGGUUACGGAGCACCGCCCCCACCGGGUUAUGGUUACCCUCCGCAGCCGAUGGUGGCGCCGCCCCAGCAGCCCAAGAAGAAGUUUGGGAUGGGUGGGAUGGGGUUGGGAGCAGGCCUGCUCGGUGGGGCGCUCGGAGGGUUGUUGAUCGGAGACAUGAUCUCAGAUUCCAACGGUUACGAUGGCGGAUUCGAUGAUGGUGGUGGUUUUGAUUUCUGAUAUUUUCUGGGUUUUUCUUGCCUUGAAUUUGUUUUUAUUUUCCUUCAGUAGAUACGAGUUGUUUGACUGUACAUUUUUUUCUUAAUACCAUAAUCAAUGUAUAAGACAUACACUUAGACUAGGGCAUAUACGCAAUCUCUGUUCUCCUGUGGUUGCACAUGUCAUCUGUUUGGAUUUAAAGUAGUAUAAAGCUGGCAUUGGUUUGAAUUGAA